AUGAAUCAAAAAAUUGAUACUAAAUUGGCUGCAAGAAAGAGCAUAAGAGCUUCUGGAAGGAAGCCAAUGUUAGAUUUAUUAUCUGUAGAUGUUGGAAGAAGAAGAAGAAGUGAUUGGGUGUGUUGUGAUGAUUGUCAUAAAAGGAGAAGAAUAUCAGUUAUACUUGCAGAUUCUGUUGAAUCCACAAAAUGCAGAUGGUACACAGAGGUUUUCUCUAAGACAAAGGAUUCCAAAAAGGUUUAUAUGUUACGUCUUGAGAGAGAAGCUCUUGUUAGUGGUUCUGGUUCAGGUUCAAAGCGAACAUGGAGGGAGGCUGUUGAUGACAAAGCACCACAAUCUGAAAGAGGCAUCAAGUCACGUGCAAUUCUUGGUAGAUAG